AUGGGGUGGCGAAGGGUUUGGUUCUGUGUCCUUGCAUUGUCUGUUGCCAGUGUCAUCGAUGUUCAAGCCAGACUGGUACGCAACCAUGUCAGCAGCAUCUGCAGCACAUGGGGCAGAGAGCACUUCAAAACGUUCGACGGUGAUGUUUACCAGUUCCCUGGUAUGUGUGAGUACAACCUGGUCUCCGACUGCCACGAGUCCUACCAAGAGUUCUCUGUGCAUCUGAAGAGAAAGGACAAUGAUGGAAACCCUACAGUCAGCCAUGUGGUGGUCACCAUCAAUGAACUCCUCUUCUACCUCACCAAAGACAUGGUCAUUGUGAAUGACAACCCUGUCAAACUGCCAUACCACAGUGCAGGGGUACAAGUGGAAAGAAAUGCUGUGUACUUUAAGCUCCAAUCUAAAGUCGGCAUCACCGUCAUGUGGAACGGAGAUGAUGCAGUCAUGGUGGAACUGGAUACCGAUUAUGCAAAUCGUACUUGUGGACUUUGUGGAGACUUCAAUGGUGUUUCUGUCCAGAAUGAGUUCAUUCAUAAGGGUCGCAAAAUCAGCCCAAUUGAAUUUGGCAACCAACACAAAGUCCAUCGUCCAAACGAUGAUUGUGAGGACCCCUACGAAGAGGAGGAAGAAUCACCAGAGGCUGCGCUGGAUUCAUGCAAGGAGUUUAAAACCACCUGUAGCAAGAUGCUGCGUUCAGAGCCCUGGAGCUCCUGCACCAGGCUGAUUGACCCUGAACCUUACAUCCAGGCCUGUGUGCAGGACAUGUGUGGCUGCAGCAACCGUACAAAUGACUUCUGUGUCUGCAGCACGCUGUCUGAGUUCUCUCGGCAGUGUUCCCAUGCAGGAGAGCAGCCUCCCAACUGGAGGACACCUCAGUUCUGUGCUAAACAGUGCCCAUUCAACAUGGUUUAUGAGGAGAGCGGUUUCCCUUGCAUGGAUACAUGCUCACUUCUAGACACAAGCUCACUGUGUGAGGACCACAAAAUGGAUGGCUGCUUUUGUCCCACUGGAACUGUGUUUGAUGAUAUUUCCAUGAGAGGGUGCAUUGCUCAAUCUGAAUGUCAGUGCAAGCACAAGAAAAUCUACAACGCCGGAGAGGUUUACCGACAGGACAGAGAGGAAUGUACAUGUGUCAUGGGUAGAUGGGCUUGUAAGAACCUUCAACCACCUGCUACAUGUGCAGUUGAAGAGGGUUCACAUGUCACUACCUUUGACGGGAAAACCUACAACUUCCAUGGAAACUGUUACUACACCCUGGCCAAAGUGGAAAGCAAGGAUAGUGCAAGUCCGAAGUUUACCAUCCUGGCUCAGCUGGUGCCAUGUGCAAAUCAAGAGUUUGACACUUGUCUGAAGAGCAUUAAAAUCCUGCUGAACAAUGACAGAAACAAUGUGUUAAUGUUCACGUCUGACGGCACAGUGAAGCAGAACAUGCAGACCAUCAGUUUGCCGUACCACUCAAGUGACAUCAACAUAUUCCAUGCUUCAUCCUUUCACAUCAUGCUCCAGACUCGUUUCGGUCUGCAAAUUCAGAUCCAGCAUGUUCCCAUCAUGCAAGUCUACAUCAGCCUGGAACACAGCUACAAAGCAAAGACACGUGAUAAAUACACAAGGAGCUGCCCAGCAUCUCAGAUCUUCUCUUACCAGCAUCAGAGAUGCCAGCUGACUUGCAGAUCACUGGACACAAUGCAGCAAAGUUGCACUUCUGACUUCUUGCCUGUGGAUGGCUGCUCCUGCGCUGAGGGUCUCUACCUGAACGAAAAGGGUGACUGUGUCCCCAAGGCAAAAUGUCCCUGCUACCAUAAUGAGGCCUACAUCAAGUCUGGAAAGUCCAUCAACAUUAAAGACGAGCACUGUGUGUGUACUAAUGGAAUACUUCACUGCCAUUCUUGGAGAACCAGCUCAUCAAUGUGCACUUCUCCAAAAGUAUUCUUCAACUGCUCUGCUGUGGCACCAGGAGAGCUUGGACUGCAGUGUGCUCGAACUUGUUUAAAUCUGAACAACGAUGAGUGUGACUCCACAGAGUGUGAAUCUGGCUGUCGUUGUCCAAAUGGCCUCCUUGAUGAUGGCAAAGGUUCCUGCGUGAAAGAAAAUCAAUGUCCAUGUCAGCACAAUGGGCAUAUUUAUGCCUCUGGAUCACAAAUCUCUAAACAGUGCAACAAGUGCACCUGCAACAGUGGAAGCUGGGGGUGCACUAAAAAAGACUGUCCAGGAACCUGCACUAUGUAUGGGAGUGGUCACUACAGUACAUUUGAUGAGCAGACAUAUGGGUUUCAUGGAGAGUGUGCCUAUGUUGCUGUUAAGAGCAAUUGUGGCGAUAAAACAGUACAGCAGCACUUUGGAGUUAUCACAGAAAAUGUACCAUGUGGAACUACAGGCACCACAUGCUCCAAAACUGUCCGAAUCCAACUAGGGCAAAUGGAAAUCAAACUUUCAAAGGGCACAUAUGAAGAGGUGGAACUGGGACGUGGCACUGAGAUUCAGUACCGAAUAAGGAAGGUUGGCAUGUAUUGGGUGAUAGAAUCUGGCAUUGGUCUGGCAGUGAUGUGGGAUGGCAAAACUACUGUUCGCAUCAUCCUGGAACCAGAGCACAAAGGACAGGUGUGUGGCCUGUGUGGCAAUUUUGACGGUGACGGGCAGAACGACUUCACCACCCAGGGUCAGCUGGUCGUGAGCAAUCCUUUAGAAUUUGCAAACAGCUGGAAAGUGUGGCGUGACUGCCCAGAUGUGGAUAUGAAUGCUGACCCCUGUGGAGCAAGACCCAAUCGCCAUUACUGGGCAAAAACGAUGUGCAACAUUAUAAUGGGAGAAACGUUCCACCAGUGCCACUCUAAGGUAGAUCCCCGUCCAUUUUAUGACAACUGUGUGACAGACUCGUGUGCCUGUGACUCUGGAGGAGACUGCGAGUGUUUCUGUUCUGCAGUCGCAGCUUAUGCUCAAGCUUGUAAUGAGGCUUCUGUCUGCGUUGCAUGGAGAACUCCAGAAAUCUGUCCUGUCUUUUGUGAUUACUACAAAGGCCCAGGUGAAUGCAAGUGGCACUACAAUCCUUGCCACAAACCUUGCUACAAGACCUGUUUAAAUCCAAACGGCACUUGUACUGAACCUUUACCCAAACUGGAAGGCUGUUACCCUGUAUGCCCAGACGAUAAGCCCAUAUUCGAUGAGAAGACUGGGUUGUGUGUGGAGGUAUGUCCAGGCUGCUUUUACAACGGCACUAGAUACGAAGAAGAUGAAGUCAUUUACAAUGUAACCGACAACAUGGGAAUGUGCUACUAUGCAAUAUGCAAGAAUGCAACAGUGAUACAUAAAAAGUUCAUUUGCACAACUACAACUCCCACUGCUACCACAACAACCCCAUCAACUACAACUCCCACUACAACCCCUUCAACUACAACUACCACUACUACCACAACAACCCCAUCAACGACAACUCCCACUACUACCACAACAACCCCAUCAACUACAACUCCCACUACUACCACAACAACCCCAUCAACUACAACUCCCACUACUACCACAACAACCCCAUCAACUACAACUCCCACUACUACACCCCCAUCAACUACAACUCCCACUACUACCACUACAACCCCUUCAACUACAACUCCCACUACUACCACAACAACCCCAUCAACGACAACUCCCACUACUACCACAACAACC